AUGCAGCUGAUAAGCGUUGUAGUGCUCGACCUUCCGCAACUAUACCAGAAGCCUUCCGGCACCGAGUUGGUGAGAGCAUUGGCUCUACUGAGUCUCCAGCCGCGCACAUUCGGCACAACCGCCGAUGUGGCCAAGGGUCCCGCCGUCCAGCCCGCGGGAGUGACUCGUUAUCUCACAUCCAUCAUCGCCAGCUCGCUGGCAUGGCUUGAGACCGACGAGCUGCGGGAGGCCAUCUGGGAUGCAGCCGGAGCAAGGCUCAGUGAGCGUUCUGGCCGAGCUGCCAUGCCGGCAAUGUCGCGCAUGUUCAACGUCCCUACCGCCUCGGGUGAAGAAUACAGCCUUACUCUACACGAACCCUCAAUCACGGCCGACAACCUGGGUAUGAAAACUUGGGUGUCUUCUUAUCUCCUCUCGCGCCGGCUCCACAGCCUCGAAUCGCCAGCGGCACUCGGACAAACGGCGACAUCUUCCACAUCUCCCCGGAAGCCUUUACGGGCACUUGAGCUUGGCGCUGGAACAGGACUCGUCGGUCUGGCAUUUGCGGCUCUCCGGGGUCAUUCGGCCACUGUUCACCUCACCGAUCUGCCGGAGAUUGUACCCAACCUCGCCCACAACGCUGCCUUGAACGUGGAACUCCUCGGAACGACUGGGGCGACUGUCACGACAGGGACACUGGACUGGUCGGUCGACCCAUCGCCCCUUCCUACCGAGGAGGAGCGGUUUGACUUGAUCCUUGCCGCCGACCCGUUGUACUCGCCUAACCACCCCAAGUGGCUGGUCAAUACUAUUCAACCUUGGCUCAGCCAUGGGCUCGGGGCGCGAGUGGUGACAGAAAUGCCAUUGCGAGACGCAUAUUUACCGCAGGUCAAGGAGUUCCGGCAGCGGAUGGGUGAGUUGGGCUUAGUGGUUGUGGAGGAGGGAGAAGAGAUCGGCUACGACGAUUGGGAAAGCGCCGAUGGAGGCGCGCUGGAGGUCAAAUGCUGGUGGUCGAUUUGGGGGUGGAGUGAGAAAGUAUAG